AUGGGGUCAGGAAGUAUAUUAUUGGGAGCUUGUUCUAUUUUAUAUCUUAUCUCAGGAGGUAGAUGGACAGUUGUGUUACUUGGAGUUGUCUUAACCAUCCUUUACAAGGUUGAAAAAUCAAACAAUAAAGUUGUUGCAUCUCCACACCAGAAGGAAGAAAUAAUCACUAAAAAACCAACAAAGGAAUCUCCUAUAUAUGCGGUUGAUUUCACUUCUACUUCUUUCACUCCGUCAGCAACCACUGUUAUUCCUAAACAAACUGUCCGUUCGAGAGCAAAAAGAUCACCAAAGAUUAUUAAAGCUACUAAACCGCGUUCAUUAGAUCAACAAACACCUCAGAAACAACAAUCUGUUUUAACUAAAUCAAGUAUUGAAUUAUCUAAAUCACAAAUUUAUAUUUUCUACACAACAUUAACUGGUUCUUCACAAAGAAUAGCUAAAUCAUUAUAUGAAAAAUUAACAGGAUUAGAAUUAGACAAAGAACCAAAAUUAUUGAGUCUCGAUGAUGAUGUUGAUGAUUUAGAAGAAUAUUUCCUUAAAGUACCUGAAGAAAAUGCAAUUUAUUUAUUAGUUUUACCAUCUUAUGAAACUGAUUCACCAAUUGAUUAUUUCUUAGAACAUUUAAUUGAUACUUUUCAAGAUUUCCGUGUUGAUAAAUAUCCAUUACGUAAAAUCAAUGGUUUUAGUGUUUUAGGAUUAGGUGAUUCUGAAUCUUGGAGUGGUGAAAAGUUUUGUUAUCAAUCUAAAUUGGCUGAUAAAUGGUUAGGAAAAUUAGGAGCAAGAAGAUUAUAUCCAUUAGGACAAGUUUGUAUGAAAUAUCAAGGAGAACCAAAAGCUCAAGAAUGGAUUCAAAAUUUUGCAAGUAUGUUAGAUAAUGAUGAACCAUUUUAUAUUGAUGAAAAUGAUGAUAUUGAUGAUAGUGAUGCUGAAGAAGAAGGAAGUGAUGAUGCUGAUACUUUAGUUGAUGUGGAAGAUAUGGGUGAUAUUAUUCGUAAAUCUGGUAAAUCAGUUGAAACUAAAGAAAUGGUUGCUAAAGAUUCACCUACUUUCAAAUCACUUACUAAACAAGGAUAUACUGUUGUUGGUUCACAUUCAGGUGUUAAAAUUUGUAGAUGGACUAAAAGUGCACUUAGAGGAAGAGGUUCAUGUUAUAAAUUUGCCUUUUAUGGUAUCAAAUCCCAUUUAUGUAUGGAAACUACUCCAUCAUUAGCAUGUUCCAAUAAAUGUGUUUUCUGUUGGAGACAUGGUACAAAUCCAGUAGCUAAACUGAAUUGGAGAUGGGAAGUUGAUCCACCUGAAAAAGUCAUGGCUGGUGCAUUGGAAGGUCAUUAUAAAAAAAUUAAACAAAUGAGAGGUGUUCCAGGAAUUCAAAUGGAUAGAUUUGAAGAAGCUUUCCAAGUUCGUCAUUGUGCUUUAUCGUUAGUUGGUGAACCAAUUUUCUACCCACAUAUUAAUGAAUUUGUUGGUAUGUUACAUAAACAACAUAUUUCUUCAUUUUUAGUUUGUAAUGCCCAACAUCCAGAUGCAUUAGCAAGAUUAGCUAAAGUUACUCAAUUAUAUGUCAGUAUUGAUGCACCAACUAAGAAAGAUUUGAAAAAAGUUGAUCGUCCAUUGAAUAGUGAUUUCUGGGAAAGAUUAAUGUCAUGUUUAGAUAUUUUAAGAACUACCCAAUCUCAUCAACGUACUGUUUUCAGAUUAACUUUAGUUAAAGGAUUUAAUAUGAAUGAUAUUGAAAGUUAUGCUGAUAUGGUUGAAAGAGCAAGACCUUCACAAAUUGAAAUUAAAGGAGCUACAUUUUGUGGAUCUUCAAAUGGUAAUGGUAAUCCAUUAACUAUGCAAAACAUUCCAUUUUAUGAAGAAUGUAAAACAUUUGUUGAAAACUUAACUAGUGAAUUACAAAAUAGAGGAUUAGAUUAUGAUAUAGCUGCAGAACAUGCUCAUUCUUGUUGUAUUUUAGUUGCUGAUAAGAAAUUUAUGAUUAAUGGUAAAUGGCAUACUCAUAUUGAUUAUCCUAAAUUUUUCAAAUUACUUGAAAGUGGUGAAGAUUUUGUUGAUUUGGAUUAUAUUAAAGAAACUCCAGAAUGGGCUGUUUGGGGUUCUGAUGGUGCUGGUUUUAAUCCAGCAGAUACUAAAUAUGAUAGAAAAGCUGAAAAAUUGAAAAAGAAAAUUGCCAGAGAAGAACAAGCAAAAUUAGCCUUGGAACAGCAAAAGGAAAGUUUAUAG